CUGCGGUUUUAGGUCAGUCUCCUUUACAAAAUGGAAAUCUCAUUUCAGGGGAAGCGAGCACUCGUGACAGGUGCCGGGAAAGGCAUUGGGCGAGAGAUUGCAAAGAAACUAGUGGAAUGCGGUGCAGAAACAUAUGCUCUGAGUAAGACCAAAGAGGGUCUGGACUCUUUGAAGUCUGAGGUACCCAGCAUGCACAUUGUGCAGGCAGAUUUAGCAGAUUGGGAUGGAUCAAGGAAAAUCAUAGAACAACUUGGUCCCAUUGAUCUCCUGGUGAACAAUGCUGGAGCGGCAUGGAAUGCACCAUUCAUGGAAGUGAAGAAGGAAGAACUAGAUUUUACCUUUGACAUCAAUGUCAAGUCCAUAGUGAAUGUGUCACAGGUGUGUGCAAAGGGAAUGAUUGAAAGAGGACAGGGAGGUUCUAUAGUCAACAUGUCCAGUAUUGCUUCCACAAAGGCUUUACAAGACCAUACAUGCUACAGUGCCUCAAAAAGUGCUGUUGAUAUGCUCACCAAGACCAUGUGUCUGGAACUUGGUCCCCACAAGAUAAGAGUGAAUUGUGUGAACCCAACUGUUGUGUGGACAGAGAUGGGUAAAAAGGGAUGGAGUGAUCCAGCUAAAUCAGGUCCUCUCUUAGCAAGGAUUCCACUAAACAAGUUUGUAGAGUUAGAAGAUGUUGUGAAUGCUACCCUGUUUUUGCUGAGCGACAAGAGUGCAAUGGUCAAUGGUACAAGUAUGUUAUUGGAAGGAGGCCUGUCUUGUAGUUAAAAUCCCUGCUUCAUAUCUAAUCACCUGCCAACCGUAUUGGAGUGGAAAUUUAGUACACAGUAUACAUGUGUAGUUUGAAUUAAUUAUAAUGAAAAUUUGAUGACUCUAAUUGAGAAAAUGAAAUCAUGAUAGGAUUGUGCCAUAUAAAAUAUAUGAAAUUAAAUGUGUUGUAUGCUAAUUACAUACAAUUUAUAUAUUGUUAGACUAUUUUAUUUUGCUUUGGUUUAUUCAGCUUUGCAAAGCCAUCUUCAAAAUCCAAGGGUUCUUUUCUAAAUUUUAACUUUUGUGAACCCUUAAAAUGCAUUGUCAAAAUGAAAAACUCAUGUUUAUCUAUUUUAUAAUCCUUGGAUCCUGACAUCAAUCUUUAAAGAUAAGGGUUUAUUAUAGAAUCUUACUGUUGGGAAUUAUUUUACCUGUAAUUAUACAUGGCUAUUCACCCUGUUAUAAUCAUGUAUUGCCACAAGGUUGUAUGCAUCAGAACUUUAAAUUUGUUGAGUAUGAUGUAUUACAUGGAUGUUAUGAUGAUGUGUGGUAAACAGAGUGCAAGGAUGCUAAGAUGAUAUGUGGUACACAGAGUACAAGGAUGCUAAGAUGACAUGUGGUAAACAGUGUACAUGGAUGCUAAGAUGACAUGUGGUAAACAGUGUACAUGGAUGCUAAGAUGACAUGUGGUAAACAGAGUACAAGGAUGCUAAGAUGAUAUGUGUUAAACAGAGUACAAGGAUGCUCAGAUGAUAUGUGGUAAACAGUGUACAUGGAUGCUAAGAUGAUAUGUGUUAAACAGAGUACAAGGAUGCUAAGAUGAUAUGUGGUAAACAGUGUACAAGGAUGCUAAGAUGAUAUGUGGUAAACAGAGUACAAGGAUGCUAAGAUGAUAUGUGUUAAACAGAGUACAAGGAUGCUAAGAUGAUAUGUGGUAAACAGUGUACAAGGAUGCUAAGAUGAUAUGUGGUAAACAGAGUACAAGGAUGUUAAGAUGAUGUGUGGUAAACAGAGUACAAGGAUGCUAAGAUGAUAUGUGUUAAACAGAGUACAAGGAUGCUAAGAUGAUAUGUGGUAAACAGUGUACAAGGAUGCUAAGAUGAUAUGUGUUACACAGAGUACAAGGAUGCUAAGAUGACAUGUGGUAAACAGAGUGCAAGGAUGCUAAGAUGACGUGUGGUAAACAGAGUACAAGGAUGUUAAGAUGAUAUGUGGUAAACAGAGUACAAGGAUGCUAAGAUGAUAUGUGGUAAACGAGUACAAGGAUGCUAAGAUGAUAUGUGGUAAACAAAGUACAAGGAUGCUAAGAUGAUAUGUGGUAAACAGAGUACAAGGAUGCUAAGAUGAUAUGUGGUAAACAGAGUACAAGGAUGCUAAGAUGAUAUGUGUUACACAGAGUACAAGGAUGUUAAGAUGAUAUGUGUUAAACAGAGUACAAGGAUGUUAAGAUGACGUGUGGUAAACAGUGUACAAGGAUGUUAAGAUGAUGUGUGUUAAACAGAGUACAAGGAUGCUAAGAUGAUGUGUGGUACACAGAGUACAAGGAUGCUAAGAUGAUAUGUGUUACACAGAGUACAAGGAUGCUAAGAUGAUAUGUGGUAAACAGAGUACAAGGAUGUUAAGAUGAUAUGUGGUAAACAGUGUACAAGGAUGCUAAGAUGAUAUGUGGUAAACAGAGUACAAGGAUGCUAAGAUGAUAUGUGGUAAACAGUGUACAAGGAUGCUAAGAUGAUAUGUGGUAAACAGAGUACAAGGAUGUUAAGAUGAUAUGUGGUAAACAGAGUACAAGGAUGUUAAGAUGAUAUGUGGUAAACAGAGUGCAAGGAUGCUAAGAUGAUAUGUGGUAAACAGAGUGCAAGGAUGCUAAGAUGAUAUGUGGUAAACAGUGUACAAGGAUGCUAAGAUGAUAUGUGUUACACAGAGUACAAGGAUGUUAAGAUGAUAUGUGUUAAACAGAGUACAAGGAUGUUAAGAUGAUAUGUGGUAAACAGAGUACAAGGAUGCUAAGAUGAUAUGUGGUAAACAGUGUACAAGGAUGUUAAGAUGAUAUGUGGUAAACAGAGUACAAGGAUGUUAAGAUGAUGUGUGGUAAACAGAGUACAAGGAUGCUAAGAUGAUAUGUGGUAAACAGUGU